GCUCUAACUGGAGGCAGGCAGACACCUUUUCUGGACUACUAUGAAGCUUUAAGCUGUCAACAAAUCAAACCAACUUAAUUUCGACAAUUUGGAGUGUUUUUAAUACAUAAAGGGCAUCAUGCAUUGACAUCGGACUCGAGGUUUAACGGAGAGAUGUUACACAUUUCCUGAGUGUUUCGGAUAGAAGACUAAUUCUUCACUGUAUUGUUGACUUGCUAGGUCGGUAACGGGAGCUAAUUUAGCUUAGGUGCGAGAGAGCUUCUGCAGCUAGUUUAGCUAGGCCCGAUUAGCUUGCUCUUUUCUAUAGUUUUAUUUUUACAGGCAACGUUACCAGCCACCGAAACAGUCGUUUGGACAGUUUGGUGCCUCCACAAGUUCCUGACAUGGCUGACAGCAGCAUAUUGACUUUAGGGACGGCUCGGAGUCUGUUGGUGGAUUCUUCAGUCUACGAUUCGAGGAUCGCUGAAACCACCAAGGAUCAUACAUUUUUUGGCAUGACAUGUGAAGACAUGGAAGAUAUGUUGCCAAAAGUGGAAACCAGGGUCGUUCUUGUGGGAGAAGCAGGCAGAAAUGGAGCACUGGUCAAAGCACUGCAGGCAAUCAGAGUAAUGGAGGUACCAGUGGUAAAGAUGAGAGAUGGCGAAGCAGGUGCUGCGGAGAAAACGAUGAUCAAAUCCAUAGUCAAUAUGGACAUCAACACCCCGUGCAUAAUGAUAGACAACGUCCAGGAGUUUGAAGAUGGGGACAACACGGAUUUCGAGACGGUGUUCGUCCUCACAGACUUUGAUUCUCACGACUACAACUACCUCUACAAUCGUGACAGCCGCAUCGUCGGGCCUCCUGUUGUGCUGCACUGUGCGGCCAAAGAGGAGCCUCUUCAGUUUUCAUGUCGUCCUCUCUACUCCACCACGAUGCUCAACCUGUCGCUGUGCUUCACAGGCUUCAGGAACAAAGAGGAAAUGAAAAACUUGGUGAAUCUGGUUCACCACAUGGGUGGGACCAUCCGGAAAGACUUCAGCACCAAGGUGACUCAUCUCAUCGCCUACUCAACUCAUGGAGAGAAAUACAGGCUGGCAGUGUGUAUGGGGACGCCCAUUCUCACCCCCUCGUGGAUUCUUAAGGCCUGGGAGAGAAGAGAUGAUGUGCACUUUCAUGCAGGAGAAGAAGAGUUUCGAACGGAGUUCAAAGUGCCUCCGUUCCAGGACUGCACCCUCAGUUUUCUGGGAUUCUCAGAUGAAGAGAAGGCCAACAUGGAGGAGAGGACUCUUAAACACGGUGGCAGUUACUUUGAGGUUGGAGAUGAGAGGUGUACACACAUGGUGGUGGAGGAAAACUCAGUGAAGGAGCUGCCAUUUUCUCCCUCCAAGAAACUCUUUGUGGUGAAACAGGAGUGGUUCUGGGGAAGCAUUCAGAUGGACGCUCGGGCCGGAGAGUCCAUGUACACCUACGAGAAGAUCGACAGCCCAACCAUGAAGAAGGCCGUGUCGCUCCUGUCCAUCACCACCCCAAACAGUAACCGUAAGCGUCGUCGUCUUAGGGACACGCUGGCUCAGCUCACCAAGGAGACGGAGAUCUCCCCGUUCCCGCCACCACGGAAAAGGCCGUCAGCAGAGCACUCCCUGUCCAUGGGUUCUCUGCUGGACAUAUCAAACACUCCUGAGACAAGCAAAGCCUUGGCAGAAGACAGAGUAGGGAACAGUUCAGAGAGCAAAGGAGAAAAUACUGUGACCAGAAAUAGGAUGAGAAGAAGGAGUACCAGGGAGAGGAGGAUUAGGAAAGACAGGGAGGAGAGGAGAAAAAGGUCCUACCAGGGUAAAAGUAGUCUUCAUCAACCAGAGGAGGAGCAGCAACCAGGAACUUCAGCAGAGGCUUCGAAACCGUCCAAAAGUUCAACCCCGGUUGUAUCCAAGCAGUCAGCCAGGUGGCAGGUCUCCAAGGAGCUCUACCAGACUGAGAGCAAUUAUGUGGACAUCUUAAGCACCAUCCUACAGCUCUUCAAGCUUCCAUUGGAAAAAGAGGGGCAGGUGGGCGGACCCAUCCUGGCCCAAGAAGAAAUGAAGACGAUAUUUGGCAGCAUCCCAGAGAUCUAUGAUGUUCACAUGAGAAUAAAGAGUGACCUCGAGGAGCUCCUGACAGACUGGUCAGAGGACAGGAGCGUAGGAGACGUCAUUCUCAAAUAUUCUAAAGAGCUGGUGAAGGCCUACCCUCCCUUCGUCAACUUCUUUGAAAUGAGCAAGGAGACGAUUGUUCGCUGUGAGCGACAGAGGCCACGCUUCCACGCUUUCCUCAAGAUCAACCAGGCCAAGCCAGAGUGCGGCAGGCAGACACUGGUGGAGCUUCUCAUCAGACCUGUACAGAGACUACCUAGUGUGGCCCUGCUUCUCAACGACAUAAAGAAGCAUACGUCAGAUGACAACCCAGACAAGAUAACACUGGAGAAAGCAAUUGAGUCUUUGAAAGAAGUCAUGACCCACAUCAACGAGGACAAGAGGAAGACUGAAGGCCAGAAGCAGAUCUUCGAUGUUGUUUAUGAAGUUGACGGCUGUCCUGCCAACUUGCUGUCCUCCCAUCGCAGUCUGGUUUACCGAGUAGAAACCAUCGCUCUGGGAGACCAGCCUUGUGACCGCGGAGAACAUGUCACACUGUUCCUCUUCAAUGACUGCCUUGAGAUUGCGAGGAAGCGACACAAGGUGAUCAAUACAUUCAAGAGUCCGCUGGGACAGACGAGACCACCGCCCCCGCUCAAACACAUUGCACUGAUGCCACUGUCCCAGAUCAGACGAGUGCUGGACCUGCAGGACACAGAGGAGUGUGUGAAUGCAUUCGCCUUGGUGGUUCGCCCUCCAACUGAACAGGAGAACUUGUUGUUUAGCUUCCAACUGGCUGCAGAGGAAACGGUUAAAAGCGCCUGGCUGCGAACACUCUGCCGCCAUGUUGCCAACACCAUCUGCAGGGCUGAUGCGGAGGACCUGAUUCACUGUUCAGACCCAGACUCACUACAGGUCAGCACCAAGGAUAUGGACAGCACCCUGAGCAAAGCAUCAAGGGCCAUUAAGAAGACCUCUAAAAAGGUGACGAGGGCUUUUUCUUUCACAAAGACCCCAAAGCGUGUGAUCCAGAGGGCGUUCAUGGCCAACAGUACUCCAGAUGAGAAAACCCAGAGGCUGAGUAGUGAACACCGUAUCGGCAGCAGCUCCACAAUGGCUAUGUAUCGCUCUGCCUCCACGUUCAGUUUGAGUGAUUCUGCCAAGAGCAGUGUCAUGGUGCAGCGCUCUAACUCUCUGGACCAUCCUCCUGUCAGAGCCAGGGUCCCUGUCUGUAUACGUGCCCCCUGCAGCCCAGCCCCAGCCCCAAAACUUGCCCAUAGUCCUGGUCCUAAACCUGCCUCUGAGUCCAACCAAAGCCUUUGCCCCGAUAAUCGCCCUAGCACCCGGACGUCUAUCCUUCAUGCUCCUUUAUCGUCCCAACCAGCACAAGCUCACCCAGGUCCCACCUCUUCAACCUCCAUUGUCAUUCCAGCUGUCCUAAACUCCACUCAGCCAAACUCCAAAAACCCCAAUCCAAAAUUAAGCCAGCGUGUGUCCAGACACCUACCUUCUGUAGAGCUCCAGCCAAGGUUCCCUCAGCCUGUUAUUAUCAAAGGCGGGACCGUUUCUGAGUCAUGCAGGUAUCCCCGAUCCCCCUUGGACCCACGCAAGGCUGCCCUGACCAGUCCUCGCAGGGAGACUCUGCUUUAAACCAUCGCUAAUGCACGCCAUUCCCCCUCCAUGGUUAAUCUUCAUUCCAUGUUUGAGAGGAAGUACCACACAUUCAGCCGUUCAACCACCCACCUUUACUGAGACGCCGCUGCUCGCAAGCACCAGCAGGACCCAAGUCGACCCAACUUUUCACCUCCUUUGCCUAGACUGCCGCUAAUAGCAAGACCUGAACGGGCAGGUUGAAGUUGAAGCUACCUGUAAAUUAUGGCAAACUGGCAUUUGUCCAUACUCCUUACAGACAUUUAGCUGCAUUUAGAAUUGAACCAGCUGCUGUUGAUGCAGAAACUUGCACCAAGAAGGGUUAAAAAACCUUAAACCCAUUGUUCACCAACCAGCUGAAACUGGUCUGUGUUGCAGAGAAUACGCAUCUGACAAGGCAGUUUGGUGCGCUUUUUUCCAACCAUGGAAUGCUAACACAAUGCUAAUUAAGACUGUCACUAACUGGGAAGGUACUGCGCCAUGCAAAGGGGCAACAGGUGUGCAAGAAACCACUGUGAUGUAAAGUUUGCCUUACCGUUAAAAAAUGAAGGAUGCUCUGGUUGUUGUCUGCAGUUAUUGGACUACCUAGACACGAUUGAGUUUUGUUAAUGUACUUUACUAGACACCUUUGUGUUUAUACGCUUUCCUCGUGGUUGUUGUUGUAUGAAGUGUUCAGUGAAGUGUUGGCACUAACUUUAUUAUUAAACAUGUCUGUCCUUUUGGUUUAAAUGGGUACUUUUAGUCCCUAAUGAUGUCCCAAGAAGCCUCAUGAAGCAUUUCUUUAUUCUCUGAGCCCACUAGAUGGUUCUCUAUGUUC